AUACACACUCUGGACACAAAACCGUCCAUACCAAACACAGCUGAUUGUCUGUCGACUACGUGUUUGGGUUUGAAAAAGUCACCGUCCAUUUGCCGUUCUUCCAGCAUUCCUGAUCGGGAUUUAGAUCAUCGAGGGAGAGAGUUAGUUGCCACCGAUCUAGGGGAGAGAUCGAAGGGUGUUGGCAGCCAUGGUUUCUUACAUCAUAUCGCGUGUGGUUGUAUUGAUAUUUGGGACUCUGUAUCCAGCCUAUGCUUCCUAUAAAGCCGUCAAGACAAGAAACGUCAAAGAAUAUGUCAAAUGGAUGAUGUACUGGAUUGUAUUUGCGCUGUUCACUUUUGUGGAAACAGUGGUAGACAUUUUUGCAUCAAUAUUACCAUUUUACUACGAAGCUAAAAUCCUCUUCAUAUUCUGGCUCAUCUCACCGUGGACCAAAGGCUCUACCUACCUCUACAGAAAGUUUGUCCAUCCAACGCUGAGUAAACGAGAACAGGAAAUCGACGAGUAUAUAUCACAAGCGAGCAACAAAGGGUAUGAAGCACUCAAGAAAGUUAGCCGAGAUGGGCUUUCAAUCGCUGCGAAUGUCGUCAUGACAUCAGCAAUAAAGGGCCAGUCAACACUUAUGGACCAACUCAAGAACUACAACAAAAACGCACCAAAGAAUGCGAUACAAGAGGAGGAAGAUUCCAACGUUCCCAUGGUGGAGAAUGACGGAGGAGAAGUCUGCAACGAUGGUCCAGAGGAAGAAAGGAAAGAUAGAGAUUACGAUGUUCCACUCAGAGAGAGGCUGGAAUCAGACCCAGACGUGUCACCAGGUUUAAUGGACAGCCUACAAAGCCUUGACAACAGACUGCGCGAGGAACACGACAACAUCAAGGAGUACGCCGCCCAAAUCAGUCAGCAAGACGAAGGCGGUUACGUAGAGGAGGAAAGACCGAGACAACAGCGGGGGAAAAAGAAACCGGACCCGAGCCCUCGCCGGGCGAUGCCGAGGUACUACGAGAGGACUCAGUCCAGAGAAGAGUUCGACAACGAUGAGAACGACAUGUACAUGGACGGGGAGGAUAACUAUACCUUCCGACGUUCCCCGUCGCUACGUUCCUUGAGACAACAGCCUACUUAUAUGUCCGGUACGGAGGGUUCAAUGUCUCGUUCUCACUACGCGUCGGCGGAUAACUUGAGCCGAAGACCGAUGAGGAGGAAACCCGAGACCACACAUACCACACAACCCAGUACAGAGAGAACUCAACAGCGCUACCCGACCAGGACAUCAGCCAUCAAAAUGACAAGCAAAAAGAAGAAAAACCGAUCGUCCACAACCAGCCCUGAAAAGGGUAAUACUGGUACUAUUUGAAGCCAAGGUUGCAAAGUCAAAUUGGAAAUUUGCGUGAAAACAAUAGGAGACUUUGGAACGCUAGGUGGCAGCAGAUGUAAAAGGUAAAUUUUCAUUGUUUUUGAACUUCUGAGCAUGCGCACGUUAUCCAGAGCAUGGAACUACCUGGUAAGUCUGCUGCCAUCUAGUGUCCCAAUAGUCGACCAUUCAUGUAUUUUGGACAUCGAGUCACUUUGUGUACGACUUUGGAUACAACCUUGUUUUAAAUGUGGAUAACAAAUUGUGUUCAUUUUGAAAAAUCAUUUAAACAACGUAGACUUCUAUAGAUGGAUUGCAAUACAAGGGAAAAGUGCACGUACACAGCGCGUACACGCAAGCACUUUUCGCUUGUUAAUACAUCAAACAUGGCGGUGGAUGUAUUGCAAUCUAUUAUGAAAUAUGUGUACUUUAUGAUGUGGAAAUUGUUGGGUUGUUUCAGGCAGACGCGGAAAGAAACAGUGGACGAGACAAACAUCUUCAUCAACAACUGUAUGUUAUGAAAAAGACUAAACUUUGAAAAUUAGAUUGCAUCUAAUUUCCUUGCAUCAUUCUUCCUAGACCCAUAAAUUGGUCCAAUCCACUCCUACAUUCUUUUCCCUAUAUCAAAUCAUAGAGCGUAGAAAUGUUACGUUUUGUUGUGUAGCUAUUUUUAGUAUAAAAGACAAUCUUGUUCUGGACCUAACCCAUUGCAGAAAAAAACACCACUAUAAGAUCCCUUGCAUUGGCCACUGCAAUGGAAAUGUGCAUAAAUUAAUGCGCAGCGCACAAAUUUCAGCCAAUGAUAGGUCUUCUUUGACCUCAGUGAGGGCGUUGUUCAGGCUUUUGACGUCAAAUGCAAGGGAUCUAUUCUUGAGUUGUCUUCCUCUUUGAAAACUACAUGCAUCUCCAGAUUCCAUACCUCAAAUCUGUCUGGCUGUGUCGGACUUAGUCACAGAUCAUCACAUUUUUUCAUCUAUAACAACUUCAUAAUUAUGUGGCAAGAUUUUAUUUGUUAGUAAGUCAUUGUCUUGUUCCUUAUGGUGCGUUGGAUUAGCUUCCUCAGGUCGACCCCGGUCUGCCCCUGGUACGUUCCAAUAGCUUUGACGCCAUUCCAGGGGGUCACCUGGGUCAGCCCCUAGUGCCCCACUUGUGGAACAGGUCACUUGGGGCUGGCCCGAGGUGCAUGACAUCAUGGGGUCGACACGGGAAAGCUAAGCGAAUGCACCCUAAAUUGCAACUGAAAACAAUGACGUCACAUUGCGAUGUCAGAUAAUAGUUAAGGGGUUUUUCUUCAUUUUGUUGUUCAUUGAAAAAAGUCAAUAUGUGUAAUUAAAUUUAGUUGUUUUGUUUGACGGACAUGGUAAACUAACAUUGCAAAUGAGCAAAUGGUAGUUUUUGUAAGUAACGUUUAUUAUAUUUUUGUUUUAACCUCACACAAAUGUGUGAUAUGCGAAAGGUCAACCUAAUUAUUCUGCUUUAUCCUCGAUGCAAAUGAGUAUUGAUGUUUUAUGUUAAAAGGCACUGGACACCUUUGGUAAUUGUCAA